GAGCAAACCCCCCUCCUUCUCAGAGCUGUUGCUGCCUGCGCCCAGGGGCCCAUCCGGCCCCCCUUGACGGUGACCUGGCCAUGCACUCCAUCGAGCCCUGGAGUCCCAGCGCUUGGCCGGGGCAGUGGGACUACUCUGGAUCUGGCUCCCUAGAGGAGCUAGAGCUGUGCCCGUCCUGGGACCUGCCCUACGGCUAUGUCUACAUUCCUGCGCUCUACCUGGCGGCCUUCGCUGUGGGCCUGAUGGGCAAUGUCUUCGUGGUGUGGCUGUUAGCCAGGAGGCGGGGCCCGCGGCGGCUCGUGGACACCUUCGUGCUCCACCUGGCCUUUGCCGACCUGGGCUUCGUGCUCACGCUGCCGCUGUGGGCCGCCGCGGCAGCUUUGGGAGGCCGCUGGCCCUUCGGCGAGGGGCUCUGCAAGCUCAGCAGCUUCACGCUGGCCGCCACACGCUGCGCAGGCGCGCUGCUGCUAGCUGGCAUGAGUGUGGACCGCUACCUGGCCGUGGUGAAGCUCCUCGACGCGCGCUCACUGCGCACUCCGCGCUGCGCGCUGGCCGCUUGCUGCAGCAUCUGGGCCGUGGCGCUGCUGGCCGGCCUGCCAGCCCUGGCCUAUCGCGGGCUGCAGCCGCUCCCUGGGGACUCGGGCAGCCAGUGCGGGGAGGAGCCCUCCGACACCUUCCAGGGCCUCAGCCUGCUGUUGCUGCUGCUGACCUUCGUGCUGCCCCUGGGAGUCACCCUCUUCUGCUACUGCCGCAUCUCACGCCGCCUGCGCAGGCCGCCGCACUUGGGCCGGGCCCGGAGGAACUCACUGCGCAUCAUCUUCGCCAUCGAGAGCACGUUUGUGGGCUCCUGGCUGCCCUUGAGCGCCCUGCGGGCCAUCUUCCACCUGGCGCAGCUGGGGGUGCUGCCGCUGCCCUGUCCCCUGGUGCUGGCGCUGCGCUGGGGACUCACCAUUGCCACCUGCCUGGCCUUCGUCAACAGCUGCGCCAACCCGGUCAUCUACCUCCUACUUGACCGCUCGUUUCGCUCCCGGGCGUGGCGCGGGGCCUGCGGGAGUGUAGGCCGCCUAGCGCACAGGGUCAGCUCAGCCUCUUCGCUCUCUGGGGACGACAGCUCCGUAUUCCGGAGCCGGGCCUGA